AUGAAGUUGCUUACUUCUGUUACGAUGCUGGCUUCUGUGGCUCUAGCCGUGCCGCGCUCCUUGAGCACCCGCCAGACCAACGACAGCCCGCUGGACGUCAGGAUCGAGAUGGACGGUAACUCCAGGGUCAAGGCCGUCCUAACCAACAAUGGCAACAAGGAACUCCGUCUUCUCAAGACGGGUACCUUCCUGGACCAAGCUCCUGUGGAAAAGGCCAAGGUCUAUACCAGCCCCAUCUACUCUGAAAGCGCCGUUGAUUUCAGCGGUAUCCGUCUGCGCGUCGCGCCGUCCAAGCUCACCGCGGCGUCCUUCCAGACCCUCGGCGCCGGCCAGUCCGUCACCACCGACUUUGACCUGGCGCAUGUCCACGACCUCUCUUCCGGAGGCACCUACCAUGUCGAGCUAUCCGGUGCUCUCUCCACCGCCUCUGGCUCCUCCUCCUCCUCCUCCCUCGCCGGCUCCGUCCCGUACCGCUCCAACCGUCUGAGCAUCACCGUCGACGGACCCGCCGCGAGCGCCGCCGCGUCCGCGUUCCACCUGCAGCGCCGUGCCAAGAUCCAGGACUGCAACGGCACGCAGCUCAGCGUGACCCGGGCCGCGCUGUCCAGCUGCGCCAAGCUGGCCUCCGCCGCCGCCGCCUCUGCCGCUGCCUCCAACAGCUCCGACGACAAGAUGACCGAGUACUUCAAGGCCGCCGACAACAGCACCCGCGGCGUCGUGUCGGGCGUCUUCAGGAGGGUAGCGGCCGAGUGCGGCUCGACUACGGCGGGCGUCGCCGACUACUACUGCUCGGACCCGUACGACGCCUGCUCCGAUGGCGUGCUGGCGUACACGGUGCCGACGCAGAGCUACAUGGCCUACUGCCCGCUGUACUUUACGGAGCUGCCGCCGCGGACGGAGAGGUGCCACGCGCAGGACCAGGCCACGACGAACCUGCACGAGGUGACGCACUUGCGCCAGGUCAAGGGCACCGAGGACUACGGCGGCUACGGGUACGACUUUGUCCAGAGCCUGACCAAGGAGCAGAACCUCAACCAUGCGGACACAUAUGCCCUCUUUGCCAAUGCCAUCAAUUUGCGAUGCUAA